GCCUUUUUCUCUCUUUCUUUCUGCCCUUGAGCAUCCCGGGUAAACCCAAGCUUGUAAAGUGGGAAGAGGAGGAGGAGUGGGGGAAGAAGGGCGGGCACAAGCCUUUCCUCAAAGUCAAUAUUUUAUACUUUUGAUACUCCUUGACGCUGGAUUUUACUCCUCUUUUUACCCCAGCCGUUUCCAGAUCUAGGACACGGAUCUCGCGUGCGCAGCCGUCUGCAGUGAUUAAAAAAAAAAGUAUUCGGCAGAAGAAGGCAACAAAAAUAUAGAAACAACGAGCAGCCGGGCCGGGCCGGCGGAUAUCGCGGAGUACAGUGAGGACAGCGGCGGGGAGCGAGUACAGUGGACGAUCAGAGGAGGAGGGGGGGGAAUCUUUGUACCUACAGAGGGGGGGACGUGCACGGACUCCUCCACACAAAGUGCUGACCUGUCUCUCGGAUGCACGUUAGAAGACAAUCAGAGGAGCUCGGCCAGCGCAAGACGUCCAAUGGAUGUAGCUGAGGACGCAGCAGCUUCCUUUCCUUCAUCCUCUCUGGCCGGCUGCACCGUUCCACAGCAGGACACAGAGCUCUUAGGCAUGGAUCCGCGUUAACGCCACCCACCAAACUCCCAUCAACACUAUGGUUAAAGUGUAUGCCGAGAUCCAUCUCAGUAACAUCAUCCGCACCUCCAUCAAUCGCUCAUCUUCCUCGGGAAGUCAGCCGUUAAAACAAGAAAGUGUCCCUCUGCCGGCGCUCUGGGGGUCGUCGAUAUUUGUGAAGAGAGACUGAGAGAGAAGUUGCCGAUAGUGUCCUCCUGUCAUCCAGAAACCUGGAGGCGAAAAAGCGAUAAAGUUCCACAAUAUGGUGGUGAGGAUGUCCACUGUUUCCUCAUGAUCACCGCUCCAUGCGCCUCACCUCUCCGCUGAGCUCCGUGCCCCCUCACCCUGCGCCGGACCCCGCUCCAAACACCCCACACCCCCCCCUCCUCCACCAGCCUGCCAUGCUCCUCCAGGCCGUGUUUCUGCUGCUGCUGCACUGCUUGGCCUCAACGCUGGGCCAGUACGAACUGUGCAAGUCCCUGGUGAGCACGGAUGAGGGCUCGGUGUGGGAGCAGUACGCGUGCCAGCCCAAACAGGCGUCCAUGAAAGACCACAUGCGGAUCAAGGUGGAUCCGCCCGGGAUCACAUGUGGGAACCCGCCUGAGAGGUUCUGCACACUGGAGAAUCCAUACCUCUGCAGUGAUGAGUGUGAUGCUUCUAAUCCAGACUUGGCCCACCCUCCUCAGUUGAUGCAGGACCGCGAACGCAAUGGCCUUCUCACCUACUGGCAAACAGUCACAUGGAGGCGCCACCCUGAGCCCCUGCUGGCUAACAUCACCAUGUCCUGGAACAAGAGUCUGGAGCUCACAGACGACAUCCAGAUCACCUUUGAGUAUGGCCGUCCCACUAUCAUGAUAAUGGAUAAGUCCAUGGACAACGGACGCUCUUGGCAGGCUUACCAGUACUACGCCGACGAUUGCAUAGACGCUUUCAACAUGCCUCCAAAGCGUGUGCGUGACCUCUUGCCCGCCAACAUCACGCGGGUCAUCUGCACUGAGGAGUACUCGCGUUGGGUCGGCUCUAAGAACGAAAAGAAUGUGAAGUUCGAGGUGCGGGCACGCUUCGCUGUGUUUGCAGGAUCGCGGCUACAGAACAUGGACAGCUUGUACACUCGCAUGGAAAGUAUGAAGGGAUUGAGGGACUUCUUCACCUUCACUAACCUUAGGUUGAGGCUUCUCAGGCCCGCCCUUGGAGGCACCUACGUCCAGAGGGACAACCUGCUCAAGUACUUCUAUGCCAUCUCCAACAUCGAGGUACCUGCCAGGUGUAAGUGUAACCUCCACGCCUCCCAGUGCCUGCUGCAGGAAGGGAACCUCCAGUGCCAGUGUGAACAUAACACCACAGGCCAGGACUGCCAGCGCUGCAGGAAAGGCUUCAAGGCCAAGUCCUGGAAGGCUGGAUCCUACCUGCCCACACCCAAUGGAACCCCCAACACCUGUACGAUUGCUGGUUCAUCCUCCGGUUCCAACUGUGAGUGCUACGGCCACUCCAACCGCUGCAGCUACAUCGACUACCUGAACAUCGUCACGUGCGUCAGCUGCAAGCACAACACCAGGGGCCAGAACUGCCAACACUGCAGGCUGGGAUACUUCCGCAACGCCUCUGCCGAGCUGGAUGAUGAGGGCGUCUGCAUCGAGUGCAACUGCAACCAGAUGGGUUCCGUCCAUGACCGCUGUAACGGCACAGGCUUCUGCCAGUGUAAAGACGGAGCCGCGGGGGCCAAAUGUGACGACUGUCUGCCCGGGUACUACUGGAAACAAGGCUGUUACUCGAACGUUUGCGAUGAGGAGAUGCUCCUGUGCCAGAACGGAGGAACUUGCUACCAGAACCAGAAGUGCAUCUGUCCUCCAGAGUUUAAGGGGGUACUGUGCCAACAGCCCCGCUGCGAGGCGGGCAAAGACUGCAACGCCGCCUCUUCCCUGCAUCCCCCCACGGCCACCCUGCUGCUCUGCACUCUGCUAGCCCACCUGCUGGCCAUGUUAACGCCCCACUGAGCCACACACACACACACACAAAAAAAAAAAAUCCCCUCUGACCACGGGGUGUGUGCGUUGUGUGUAUGUGAGCGGGAUGGGGCCGCCAAAGUCAUGGACCCCGACGAAACAGACACCGCUGCACUCGCAAGAAAAAGAAGAAAAAAAAAGCAAACACACUCACACUAACUAGCCCAAGUCUCCUUUUCAAAACACACACACAAACACACACACACCUCACAGGACUGUUACAAUAACCAGUGUGUGCUCAGGUGCAAGAAGGACAAACUGGAAAAAAAAAAGAAAAAAAGAGUGACCUCAGUGAAAAGAGAUGCAGGCAUAAGGGGGGAAAAAAAAAUCAUACCAACCACUGUUCCCUUUAUUCCUGAGCUGGAGCAAUGUGCAUCAAACCAAAAAGCAUAAAGAAAACACUUAAAUCACCACUGUUUCACUUCAAAGGGAAUGGCUGUUGUUAAUCACAAGGACCUUUUAUCUUUUUCGUUCUUCUUGGUUAAGUUACAGAUCUUGCCUCCGUUAAGACAGACAGCCGACAUGUGUGUGUGUGUGUGUGUGGACGGUUUAAGACAUGUCAACACGACGGACGGACUGACGGGUCGGGAGGCGAGAUUUUGAUCCUGCUGCUGAGGCCUACAUAUAUUAACCAGGUUUCAUUUCUUCUCUAAAGAUGAGACUUGAUUUGAGAUUUAUUCUAUUUCUGCUGCAUUCUUUUAUUUUUUUUUUAAUUUUAAUUAUAUCUUCAGUCAUUGUAUCUAAUGUGCCCACUAACAGUCGCUGAGAUUAUACGUACUAUAUAAUAUCCAGAGGGAUUGCAGAUUAUAAUAAAAAUUAGUCACUGUUAUGGUUGUUAUAGGAAUGAGUGAUUGUUGCCACACUUAGCGAGAUUUAAUCUUCACACAGUAUUCAGGAAAGCAGAAUUUAUCAGAAUUUAACUUAUCAGAAGCCUAAAAAGAGAGAGAGAAAA